AUGAAGGGGUUGGGGCUAAAUUUGAUAAAAUAUGUUCUUUUCAUUUUUAACUUAAUUUUUGCGGUUUCUGGGAUAGGACUAAUUAUAGCUGGAUCAUUAGUUCUAUCAGAUGUUGGAGAAUUUAAUCAUUUUAUGGAAGGUAAAAUAUUGGCACCGCCUGUUGUUUUGAUUGUUGCUGGAGUUAUAGUUUUUCUUGUGGCAUCAUUAGGCUGUUAUGGAGCUAUAAAGGAGUCAUAUUAUAUGCUUAUGGCUUUUGCCAUAUGUCUCUUGAUCAUUUUCAUCAUAGAAUUUGCCGUUGGAAUAGCGGCUGCCUCUUUCAAAAGUGAAUUUCGAGUAGCUUUGAAGAACAACAUGAAAAACUCUAUGGAUAAUUACGAAAAUAGUAAAUCGGACAAAAUAGCUUGGGACAAUUUGCAAAGAAAGUUAGAAUGUUGUGGAGUCGAUGGGCCUACUGACUGGAAAAAGAGGCCUAUGUCUUGUUGCCAUGCCUUAAGAGAAAAUGCUCCCGACCCCACAUCAGAUCAGUGCAGAGCUGCGCAACCGGGCGACGACCAUCUCUACAACUAUGGAUGUUUUACUGAACUUGAAAUGAAAGCUGAAAGAGCUUCUAAAGUACUCAUUGGUGUUGGAAUUGGAGUAGCUUUUAUAGAGAUAAUUGGAAUAAUUUUAGCCUGUUGGAUGGCAUCGGCAGUGAAAAAUAAAGAAUGAGCAUAUAUUUAAGUGGUUCUUUAUAAAUAAUUACAAGAAAUAAAUUACUAUGACCUCAUUUGACACUUCCAGAAUUACUUCCGCGAAAUAUGCUACCUACAAAAUUACUCAAGGUGGUAAACAUUGUUCAUAUUUUCUAUUCUAUCUUAAGAUCGAAAACUGAGUUUAAAAAAUUCUUCACAUCCAUCUCAUUUAGAGAUAAAAACCUAACAAAAUAUUGUCUUUAUUGUUUAUAUUGUCUUUUAAUAUUAAAAAAAAAAAUUUUUAAUGCAAAAGUCUAAUCUAGUGGUAAUUGAUACCUAGUUGAUGGACGGCUAGAGAGAUGCACUUUCAAUUUUCAGUAAAAUUAUGUAAAGUGUAAAUAGAAUAAUGCUAUUUUAAAAUAAAAAGUAAAAUUGUAGUAACAUUUUUAUAACAAAUAUUCAUGAAAUUUCAUUAUCGAAAAGUCUGUCUAGUACCGUACCUAUAUCAAUAAUUAGUAGCUGCAUGUAUAGUAAUAUUAUAUCAACUCUAGCUUGUAAAGAUAAAUAUAUUUUCUUCUUUUGACAAAUAUUGUGCCGAGUUUAAAGAAUCAAAAGACGAAAUUAGUUUAUGUACGUUAAUUAUUUACAAAUUACAUAUUAUAUAGGUAUCGAUAAUGAUUAAUGAGGAUUUGUCUUUUUAUUUUAUGCAUUUAUAUCUAGCAACA